UGACAACUUCCGCUUGAGAACUAAAGGUUGUUAGGCUUCUAUUUUUUAUGUGCGCUACUAUUACGCAUGUUCACACAUUAGUAGGAGGUUACGAACUCUGGGUGCAUAGUAAAACAAGAUAUUAAGAAGUCAUUGUAGAUAUAUUCAAUCUAGAGAAACACUACAUGUGUUUGAUCAAAUAACUAUGAAACUAUUAUUAACGCUGAUGCCACGGAAAUAAUCUGCUACUAUUAAAUAAUGGUUAUAUUGAAAACAGCGAAUCGCUCUAGAAAAAAACGAUAAUUGUGAGCUGAUAUCAAAUACAACAGACGUAUCAGCUAAUCAGAUAUAUAAAUACAUACCAUUUGUUAUAAUAAAAUUUCCAUGGAUCAGUAUUAUGUUGGGAAAACUAUCGAUAAUUAUUCUCUUGCUUUGCUUAUGUAUUCUGGUGAAAGGUCGCUUGUACCUCUUCCAGAAGGACUGGGGUCGCCACGAUGUCAAGUACGGCCACUUCUCCGAGAAGGAGCGUCUAAACAUGCUUCAAAAGGUCCGGGAGAUGUUCAACUUCGGUUAUGACAACUACAUGAAAUAUGCAUUUCCUAAAGACGAACUAAAUCCUCACAGCUGUCAUGGUCGUGGCCCUGAUUAUGACAACCCUUCCAAUAUCAAUAUAAAUGAUGUCUUAGGAGAUUAUGCAUUGACCCUUGUUGAUGCUUUGGACACACUUGCAAUUAUGGGGAAUAGUAGUGAAUUCCAACGUGCAGUAAAAUUGGUUGUAGAGCGUGUAUCAUUUGACAAGAAUAACACUGUCCAAGUGUUUGAGGCAACCAUCAGAGUUCUUGGAGCCCUUCUCUCUGCUCAUUUGAUCAUUACUGAUCCCCACCAACCAUUUGGAAAUAUGAAUUUGUUUGAGUACAAUGAUGAGCUCCUUCAUCUUUCUCAUGAUCUUGCCUCUCGUCUCCUGCCUGCUUUUCAGGCUACUUCAACCGGUAUUCCUUAUCCAAGAAUAAACUUAAAGAAAGGUGUUCCUCCUAAUUGUUUGAACGAAACAUGUACCUCAGGUGCAGGCACACUCCUGCUUGAAUUUGGUGUACUCUCACGUCUAUUAGGUGAUCCUGUUUAUGAGUCUGUAGCUCGACGAGCUGUUGAAUCUCUAUGGAAAUACAAGUCUAAUGUCACUGGAUUAUUAGGUAAUGUAAUUAAUAUACAAACUGGAGAAUGGGUUGGCAUCAUGAGUGGACUUGGAGCUGGUCUUGAUUCCUUUUAUGAAUACUUGCUCAAGUCUUUCAUUAUGUUUGGUGAUAAUGAAGAUCUGAAAAAAUUUAAUGAAUCCUAUGAAACAAUAAAAUUCCACAUGCGAAGAGGGAGGGUGCACUGUAAUAAAGGAUUGGGCCAUCCCCCUUUGUAUGUGAAUGUCAACAUGAAAACAGGAGACACUGUUAACAAUUGGGUCGACUCAUUGCAAGCAGCUUGGUCUGCUCUUCAGGUGCUUAAUGGAGAUGUUGAAGAGGCAAUCUGUACUCAUGCCUUCUUUCAUACAAUAUGGAAGAAAUAUGGUGUUCUUCCUGAACGUUUCAACUGGCAGUUUAAAGCAACUGAUCUUCAGUUUUACCCUCUUCGUCCAGAACUGGUUGAGUCAACGUACUUUCUUUAUCAAGCUACAAGAAACCCCUUCUACCUCCAUGUUGGCAAAGAAAUUAUCCAUAGUCUCAACACGCACACAAGAACCAAGUGUGGUUAUGCAACCAUCCACAAUGUUCAUCGAAUGGAUCAGGAAGACCGAAUGGAAAGUUUUUUUCUUAGUGAAACUUGUAAAUAUUUAUAUCUGUUAUUUGAUAAAGACAACCAUCUCAAUAAAGAAGCCAUCAACUAUAUAUUCAGUACAGAAGGCCAUGUUUUCCCUAUCAACAGUAGAUUCAGGACUAAAAAAUACAAAGAUUACCCACAACAUACACGUUUAAAACCUUCAGUUUCAGUUGUAGAUCCAGUCCCUAAAAACCACUCUCAGUGUAACAACAUUCCUGUUGAAUUAAGGUAUUUCCUUCCUGUGAAGAGUGUCUAUUUGGAACAGAUUGAACAAGCUGUUGGAUUACAGGACUCUCUGUGAAGAUGUCACCAUCGCCCCCUCCCCCCCUGUUCUAUCUCCCUCUCUUUUAAACUGUCUUUCUAAAUGUCUAUCUAUCUCUAACAACAACUGCUUUAGCUCUUAUUGUCUGCAAAAUGUUCAUCACAGAAUGAAAUUAAAGAUCUCACCUAACAUCUAUCAGUUCAUUGUUAAAGUAUUCAGUGUAACCAUGUUUCAACUGCUGAAAAGAACUCCUUCAUCAUAGUUACCAUUUUGUCACACUUGAUUCCACUCCAUUCUCUAUUACUUUGAGAUAAUUUACCUGCAUAUUUGCUAAUUGCAGAUAUCUUGAAAUGCCAUUAUCUAAAGCUGCUAAUAUCUUUACAACACACCUAUUCUACUGUACACUGGGUUAAUUGAAAAUUGUUUUAAGUAAAGCAGUUUCAUACAAUUUAAACUUUAUAUUCCUUUGCAUAACAGUAUCAUAAAAUGACUUCUUCAGAGAUUGAAUCUUCUCUCUAUUUUAACUCUAAGAUUACAUAAUUUUACUGUAGAUUUUAAAAUACUUGCCAAUUUAAUCUUUACCCCCAAAAUGUAUAGAAACAAUUAAUCAAGUGGAAGCUGAUAUUUACAAGUCACUAUUUACUAACUUGGAGACAUCUAAUGAAGCUAGCAAGUUUUAUUUAUGAAAUGCAAACAAAAGUCUAUUUUUGCAUCCAUUUGUGGCAUCUAAAAUGUUUAUUUUUAUUAAUUUUUUUUUUUUUUCAAUAAAAAAAAUGUUUAUGUAUAAAAUUUUUCUUUUGAAAAAUUUGCAAACCAAUCAUAUGACUUGCUUCUAGCAUAAGCAUAAGGCCAGAAAUUUGGAUGGAUAGGGGGUUGGUCAAUUAAAUUCACCCCAGUACUUAACUGGUACUUUAUUUUAUUGACUUUAAUACUGAUGAAAGGCAAAAUUGAGCUCAGCAGAAUUUUAAAUCAGAAUGUAAAGAACUGAAAUAAAUACUAUAAGGCAUUUAGUCUGAGUUCAUUAUUCAGCCAAUCCAACAUGUUUUAGUUAUAAUAAUAAUAAUUGGAAGUGUUAUUUAUACCCGUUUAGUCUUGGUGUAAAAAAAGGGCUACAGCAAAUAUUUUGCUCAAUACCACAGAUCUUAACCAGCUGAGCAUGUCCCUUAGUGGGUGAUGAUAUGUGCAUCUCUGAUCAUGAGCAGGAAUAAUUGGGGAACAUCAUAGCCAUAUGUUGAGAGGAAUCUGUUGGGGAUUGAAUAAUUCUCCUUUGGAAACAUGGUUGUUUCAUUUGUCAUUGUUAAACAAUCUUCAUUCAAAGACCUUUUAAGGUGGGUGGGCUACUUGACCUCAAGAAAAUUCUAAUUUGAUCCCAUCUGCAAGCUCAUGCACUGUUUAGCUUGAUAUGAGGUCACCAUGUCAUGCACAUAUGAUUGUGAUGCAUGUGCCUGGUGUACCCUUAUCAGACAGGUAAUCAUGAUGGGUAUAUUGGGCUUCAUAUAUUUGUACCCCAGCUUUGAUGGUAUGCACUGCUUUUUCAUUCAGUAAUAAUAAUAAUUAUAAUGAUGAUGAUGACCUUUUAAAACUUUGACACAAUGUUGUCACACAUUUUGUAGAAAGGAAAUAGUUGAUUUUAUUAAGUAAAGACAACCAUAGAUUAGAUCUGAACUCAAACAUAACAGUACAUAGCUAAAAACCGCAUAGGUGCCUAAAUUGAUCUUGCCAAGAUGCAAGAGCAUGUUUCCACACAUUCUCAAAUUCAAUCCCUUGCAUGUCAAGUUGUAGGGCUAAUUGAGCAAUCCUUGUCUAUGAAAUUUCUGGCUUUGUAUCUUUGUUAAAAACAAGAAGGAAUAUAGUGCAUCCAUUUGAAAUACCAAUAGAUUAAUACUUAUAUUUGCCAAUUUUCAUUUACCAUAACAUCAUUUGAAUUAUUAUUGUUUAGCAUAUCAGCAUUUGGGACAUUAGUAUUCAGGGUUUACCUAAUGAAAUUUACUUCUCUAUUCUGCUUGUUCUCAAUGUCUCCUCUCCUCCACAUCAACACUUUCUCAUAUUAAUGUUAUGAUUGCUUCUGUUACAAUUUUAGUAUCAACACAGAAGCUAUUCAGCCAGAUACCUGGAUUUUUUUUACUUUAUCUACAUGUUUGGCAUAUAGGCAAACCCUGUAAAUUUGUUUUGUAUUGCAGCCUUUACAUAAGAAAGGCAUUUGAAAUUUAAUGUAUUUUCCACAUUGUUCAUCAAAUCUGUUCUUGACUUGGCAGCCUCUUUUGGUUAUUGGUUACACAUUGAAAAACUAUUUAUGAAUAUUGUAAAGGAUUUUAUUGAACCUUACAGUCAGUAACCAUUUGUUGAUUCUGUGAUUUCUAUUAUAUUUCAAUUUGAAAACAAAAUUUAAUGCUUAUUUCUAGUGUGAUGAAGAAGAGUUCAAACUACAUGGUUACUUAACCAAGCUACUUUUCCUCUACUACAUGAGGUUCAAAAAAAUUCAACUUUUCAGUAACAAGACAAAAACAAAACAGCUCUUUGACUGAAUUUUUUUAACAAUGUUCUGUUAUGUUACAUUUUUUUUCCCUUCCUCUAACACAUUUGCAAUAUGUCUUCCUGACUAAUGAUUCCUACUAAAAUUUUGAAGAAGGGGAAAAAAACUUAUUUUCAAGGACUUGACUUUCUUGAAUAUUACAGUGGAUGGAUUUAUUUUUAUGCGUCUUUGUUUUUAUGAAUUACAUGCGUUUAUACACACAUAUAUACACACACACACACACACAACACGUGUUGCAUCACAUUACACAUAUGGAUGCGUUUAUAGACGUCAGAAGAUACAAUAAUUAAUUUUUAACAAAACUGACUCUCUAUCAUACUGAUAAACUUGUAUAUGCAUAUGUGUACUUAUACAUAUAGGGGCAUAGACAAACAAAUGUACAGUUUGUAUAUGUUCCAUGUCAUAUACAUACAUUUCAUACAGGUACAUAUAAACACACACACACACAUGCACGUGCAUGUAUAUGCAUAUAUAUGUAUAAUGUAUCAAUAAUGUAUAUAUAUAAUGUAAUGUAUCAACAAUAAUGUAUAUGUAUAUACAUGUAUAUAACAUAUAUGUAAUAUAUAUAAUAUAAUACAUAUAUGUAUUGUAUAUAAUAUACAUAUAUAUAUAAUAUAAUGUAUAUGUGUGUGUAUAUAUAUAUAUAUAUAUAUAUAUGUAUAUAUGUAUGUAU